AUCUACUCAUUCGACAACAUCAAAUCUGAAGGAAAUUUCCUCUAAAUACGCGAUAACAGCACAAUAUCCCCGCCUUUAAUUUACAAACUUGAGAGAGACUGGAAUGUAAUAAUACUUGCACAGUAGGGGAGGGGUCGAAUUGUUUCGACAUCGUACGAUUGACGAAGGCGAAGAUAUCGCAGGUGCUCUCCUCUGUUUGAAACUCAAAAACUCGACUAAAAUAGAGCUGAUAGGAAGAUAAUAAUGCCAAGUAGAUAACGUCAAGGGAAAAUGCUGCCGUUCUUGACUUAGUUACAGAAAAGAAACAACAUCUCACUGUCGGUGGGCAGAAGAAAUUGUCCUCGUUACGUUUUCAUGAAAUUGCUUGAUUUUUAAGCAUAAUUGAAGGGUGUUGAGAAAUGAUGGACUUACUUUUUUACGUAAUUCUUAUUGUGGUGAUCGUAUUAAAGCUCAUAUUUUGGAUAUUCUAUUUUUAUGCAAGAAAUAGACGAAGACAACAGCUAUUGUUACAAAGAAGUGGUGUCGAACAAACUCAGGAUAGAUCAAGACAAUACGAAGAGGAACCAGCUGUACCACAACCAGCGUACAUGUUCACACAAUAUCCAUUUGGACCUGAUGUUCCUGCAACAUUUCUUGUUCCUCCAGAAUAUGCAGUGGAGGAUCCUAUCAAAACUGAUCAACCACCACCACCAUACAGUAUUACAACUAUAGCCAGAGAAGAAUCAGAGACUGUUAUAAUUGGUGAUAGUGACACUUUACAAUUAACAACUAAUCAAGAAAAUUGAACUAUUGAAGAAAUUUAGCACAGCUUUAUGAUACUGCACUGUGUAGGAUGUAAUACAUUAACAUCCUGCAGGCUCGCUAUCGCCAUGGACGACUUGGACAUGUAUAUAUACCUGUAAAUACACCAAUUACCAGGCAAUGGACAGCACAUACAUGGACAAGCCUAUUGUCUAGCUAGAAAAUACACCAAUGGCCAGCAACCUUUACUGAGCAUCAUGUCAAGUCAAAUUCUCCGAUUUCAGGUUACCAGCUAUUUGGAGAAGCACGAGUACUGUGAACAGUGUCACUCCAGUACAAUAGUGAAUAUACAUGAACACUUUGUGCCAGGCAUAUCUCUUUUACAGUAAGCUACAAAAUUGCAUUUUACUUAAGCAUAUAAUUUAAAUAGAUAUCUUCUCUAGACAUAUAUCAAAGACAGCAGAUAAUUACAGGAUCUUUCCAAAUCAAAAAUACUAUUUUAUAGUAUGAUGAUAGUAGUUCUAUAACAAGCUGUCAUUUUAAUAAUAACUGGAAAGAGUUGAAGUGUAUUCAGCAAGAUCAAUGAUGCUUUAAACAAUUGUAAAAUGACUUUUUACAUACAUUGUAAUUUAAAUAGUUUUAAAGCACCUUUUGCUUUUCAGUAUGGGGACUAGAUCAAAGAACCAUUUAGUAACCUGAUAUGAAAUUUGAUUAUCCAAUAGUCUCCUUCACAGUUCCCUACACCAUCUUGAAGGGUAGCUGUGCCUUUACAUUGAAGCAAGACAACCAUUGAGCAUGCAAUGAUAGAUACCUGUGAAUAAUAGUCUGUAGGUGUAAAAGAAGGUUUCUAUAAUUGUACACUCAAUGGUYGCUCACUUUGAUACAAAGGCACGGCUACCUUUCUUGAUGGCGCAGGGAACUGUGAAGAAGACUAUUGGAUCCUUAUUUCUUUAAUUCAAAAAUCCCAUUUUUUGUUUUGCAUUAUUGAAAAGCUUGUGCAUGGUAAUGACAAUGGUGUUUUGUUUCAAUGAAUGAUAUUUUGAUGCUGUAAAGGAAUGGCAAAAUCUAAAGUAUAUCAACUCCUUUGCUGCUAUUCCUCUGCAUGGGCUUCCUGUGUAAUCCUUGGGAAGGGACAAGAAGCCCAGCAGUAGCAGCGGUUUUGUAGGAGGCUAGUUCAGYUGUGAAGGAGAAUAUUAACUAUAUUUUGUAUAUGGAGAGAGUGUUUUUCAGUUAUGUAAAUAGUUAUUACCAAUGUUGAUGUGUUCAGAUGGUACUUUGUAAAUAAACAUUUUUGGGAGAUAGUUUGUCUGAUGUUAUGGACUGUAAGCAGUUUGAUCAGACUAGUAUAACUUCUGAUCUGAUAUUUAAAACCUGGGCCGGGUUGUUCAAACCCUGAUUAGCGCUAAUCCUAAGGUUAACUCUUAGAAAACCUAUGGAGUUAACCCUGGAUUAACGCUAAUCAGGCUUUGAACAACCCAGCCCUGAUUUGUAUAAAUAACUUAGUUUUAUCAAGAGAAAACAAAUCAUUAACUACAUUCUCAUCUAAGAAAGUCAUUAAAUAAGACAAUACCGAUAAGUAAAAGAAAAAGAAAUUUUACUGUACUCCUGUGUAAGCUAUUGAUAAGUUGAAUUAAAUACAGCACGUUUUCACAUUAU